GGUUUAUUAUAAACUUUUGAUUCAAAACUUGUAUUUUUUAAUUUUUUUAUUUAUUUUUUUUCUUCUUUUGAUCUUCUUCAAUCAUUUCAGCUCAGUUCAGCUUCAGAUCAUUCUUAGAGGUUCACAGAAAAAACUAUGGGGGGAGAAAAGCAAGUCACCACAAUGGUGCUAAAGGUGGAUCUUCAGUGCUGCAAAUGCUACAAGAAGGUCAAGAAAAUACUCUGUAAAAUCCCUCAAAUACACGACCAGGUAUACGAUGAGAAGAAUGGCAGAGUAACAAUCAAAGUGGUAUGUUGUAGCCCUGAAAAGAUCAAGGAAAAGAUUAUCUGCAAAGGUGGUGAUACCAUUAAAACCGUCGAGAUCAUAGUUCCUGAAAAACCGAAGGGUUUUUUCGAUAAAUAGCCACCUUAUAACUCCAUUUUAGAAAAAUAGCAAAAUUUUUUUUUUUAAAAAAAAACUAGCCAUCUUGGGACAAAAAUAUCCUUGAUAAAAUUGAAAAUUACGCAAAAGGUUUUUUUUUUUACCCUUUCCUUUCUUCCUCUACACAGCCGUUCGUGGGGUUUCUACACAGCCGUUCGUGGGGUUUCUCUAAGGUCACUCUUUGCAUCUCAUCACCUUUCACUCUCAUUUUUUUGUAUUUUCUCAUAUCUCAAACUAAACUCAGGUAAAAAUUUUAUCUUUU